GCACACAGAACUUGAAUAAUGGAGAAUUCUGACACUCCAAUUACAUUCGAGAGCAUUACUGAAUCCGCAGAUGGCUUAAAAUCCAUUUUACCUCCAGGCUUUGUACCGGAAAUCGGGAUUAUCUGCGGGUCUGGCCUGUCAGCGCUGCAACAGGCCGUGAAGGGACCAAGAUAUGAGGUCCCCUACAGCAAGAUCAAAGGGUUUCCAAUCAGCACAGUCCAUGGGCAUGCUGGGAUUUUAGUCUUCGGAUUUAUUGGCUCCUCAAACACACCAGUAGUCUUGAUGAAUGGUCGAGCUCACUAUUAUGAAGGUAAUACCUUGCAAAGCUCGACCUUCCCUAUACGGGUAUUAAGUCUGCUGGGAAUGAGGACGUGUAUCAUUACCAAUGCGGCUGGUGGGCUGGAACCUGCAUAUAAUGUUGGAGACAUUGUUGUGAUAAACGAUCAUAUCAAUUUUCCAGGCCUUGCCGGUGUUAAUCCUCUUCGGGGUCCUAAUCUAGACCAAUUCGGCCCUCGAUUCAUAGCCCUCUCCGACGCCUAUGAUCUCGAACUCCGCAGAGUUGCCCAUCUGGCCUGGGGAGAGCUGUCAAAGGAAAUGCCAAGGAAGAUGGCGAUGCACGAAGGGGUAUAUGCUUUUGUGGGAGGACCCAAUUACGAAACCAGAGCGGAGUGCAGAAUGCUCUCGAAGCUCGGUGCAGAUCUGGUUGGGAUGUCCACAGUACCAGAAAUCAUUGUUGCGAGACAUUGCGGAGUUCGUGUACUCGCUCUGAGUCUGGUUACAAACUCCGCCGUCCUAGACCCAGGGCCGCGAGGAGACGACCUGAAGUUGGCUGGGGUUGGUGUGAAUGUGUUGCAUGGAGCAUUGGACGAAGGCAAAGCCAAUCACGAGGAGGUCUUGGAAACCAGUCGUAAUGCUGCUGAAGGGAUCAAGGCAAGUUGCCUCGGACUGAACCCCUUCCCAAAAGACUUGCUGAUACCUGUCCAGGAAUUGAUUGUCAAGAUCGUGGAGAUUGAAGCAAAGGGUUCCUCAACCCUUUGAAACCCCACCACGUCUCUUUGCCUUCAAUUUCUUGUAAUAUUCUUUCUUGCCGCUAGACUUGGAGGCCUGAAUCUCCCCGUACUUAU